UCGCAGCCUGGCCCAACGCCCUCUACCAGCGGCCUGCCCUACAGCUCGCCGAAUCCUGCGCUGCAGGAUGCAUCACUUGUCGCUUUUUGCUCAAUUCAUGCCUAGCUGACUCAAUUCAUCAGGUUCGCGUCAGCCCAAGGACUUCUCAUGAGUCCACUCUCUUCCGGCAGCGGAGCCCCCAGCUCAACAGCUUCUUACCAGCCUGGAUACUCGCAUGAGGCGACCUCGGCCGAAAAUAUCGUUUCCAACACUGCCUCGCUCUACUCCCAGUCCUCUCUUUCAUGGAACGACAGAAUGGCAUUUACCCCGAACCCUAGGAUCCCUGCUAUGCUUCCAUCUGCACACCUGCCCAGAUCAUUCCAAGGACCUGGGAACUCGAUGACCAGCGGCGGCUCGAGUAUAGUUGGGAGGGAUAAUUACCCUACCGCAUACACUCUAAGCACCAGAAACAGCUAUCCGUCGCCGUCGAGCGUCAACGACAUGUCCCGUUACUCCUACAACACAACCCUGCCGUCCGGCAUUGGAGCGCAACUCGAUCCUCCAACGCCUUACUAUCCGGGCUUUGGGCAUUCACAUCGCUCAGGACAACCGGACGCUCCGCUGUUCACAGAUAUCAGUAUUAUACACCCCAUCAUGACGUCGAAUCACACCGAGGUGCAACCCAACAUCAUCGCGAAGAUUCACAAGGGCUUCUUUCAGGUGGAUAACAAGUGGACGUGCUAUCGUCGCAAUUACUUCUCCGUGACAUGCUCCUUCUCACUUCACCCCUACGAACAGAACGCCACCUACUACGUGCAAACGCAUGAUCAACCUCCUGAGCCUAUUAAAAAGUUCGCCAUGUCCAUUUCCGCGGUGGUCAAUUCCUCAGAGCACGAAACCCGUGACCUGGUUCAACACACGCCAAAGAGAGAUAAGCAGUCGGAGAGAAAGCCAGAAAAAGUUGUUCUUCAACCACAAUAUCCAGCAGUCCUAGCCUCAAAUACUGGACCACCCUCGGCGCCGCUCUACGGCUCGCUGCACCCCGGCAACAUCCCAUUCGACUACAGCCAGUACCCCAUCGCAAACUCGCAAAUCACUCAACACACCUUUGAGCGCAUUCAAUUUCAAAAAGCUACAGCGAAUAACGGCAAACGCAGGGCCCAGCAGCAAUACUACAACCUGGUCGUCGAACUCUACGCUCACGUCAGCGGCAAAAACGGCGAGAAAUACAUGCAGAUCGCGAAACGCCUCUCCGACCCGAUGGUUGUUCGUGGGAGAUCACCGGGCCAUUACAAGGACAGUCGCCGGGAUAGCUCAACUAGCAUGGGCGAUAACGGUGGACAUGGCGGGUUUGCCGGCGAUCCAGGCCAUCACAGUCUCCCAGCGCAGCAAUCCAUGCGCCAGCAGUCGUCCUACGCGCAGCUCCCAUUUAGCAUGCCGUACGAUUCCCGUCGUGAAGCUCCUCACUACAGCAGUCACAACCGUCAGAUCCGAGUUGAUUCCUUCGACCAUUCCCCCGAGGACAUCAGCCCGGGGACACUGAUCUCCUCCUCCUCGUCUUCCCCCUUCGACUCGUUCCUGUACAGCGACGCCAUGGACAGCGAGGAAUCCGGGGAUGCGCUGUCGCACGACAGCAGCCAGUAUCAGGACGACAUGGCCAGCUCGCUGCGCAAAAAGCCUGGCAAGCACGCCCACCACCACCACCACCAUAAUAAUAUAUGUGAGGAAACUGAGAUUCGCAGCGGCUUUGAUGAUUCUUUUGACCCCAUGAUACCGAGUUAUAAUAGUGAGCAGGAAGAGCAGCAGUAUCUCAAGCACACCAUCGACAGGCGGUUAGCGCCGAUUCUGCAUGAGAACGCGCAGGUCAGUCGAUCCGGCUCGUAUUCGAGGUUUGAUCCUGUUCAGAACAGUCUUUGCGCGUGACUGUUCUUUUCUUCAUUAUAUUCUCUUUUUUUUUUUCUAAUUAAGUUUGUGUGUGUGUAAUCAUAAAUUACCGAGCAUAGCAAGUUGCUACGCUGAACCAACUUACUCUAUCUAUUUCACUUCCUCUAUCUAUUCUGAAAC